UCAAACAUCAUUAAAAAACAAACAAACAAACACCAGAAAAACUCGAAAAAGAAGACGUAAACACCAGAAAAAAAAUCCAGAAAACGAAAGAAAAUAAAGGAAAAAAUUCCCACAGCCCCAUGGCAAUUCCUGACCUCGACACGCAGGUCCUUCUCACUCCUUCGGGAUUCCUGAAGGUUUGCGAAACGGGUAUGACCACCCUAGCACUCAGCAUCUCCCAGGGCAUUCCAGGCCUCGGCUUUGGGAGCGAGAGCCUUGACUUCUUUGGCGGAGGGACCUUGGUUCUCUCGCUGGUCGUGAGUCCGCUUCUCCUCAUGACUCUCCUAUUGGGUGGCCAACAGAUGCAGAAAGUGCUUUUUGAGACGAAAGUGAACUUUAUUCUGGCGACCCUAAUGGUGGUGUUAGGAGGGCUCACCAUCCACACCUACAGCGUCCAGCCCGGAAGAUCUUCCCCAGUGGCCGACUCUGGAAAAGCUGUCGGCUCCAUGUGCCUGAUCAACUCUCUCUUCUACAGCCUUGACACCUUCUUUGCUUACCAGAAUUACAAAUGUAGUUAAGCUGCAGCUUGUCAUAACAUUUCAAAAGUAAAGUUAAAUAUUAUGUAAUACAUAUAUAUAUAUUAUGUUCUGUGUAUAUGUAAUACAUAUAUAUAUAUUAUGUUCUGUG